AACAAUUUUGAUAAUUGUCUCGAGAGUUCGCACUCAUUUCCGAGUGAUUUCAGGUACUACACGCUGGACCAUAAGAACGAUCUGAAUCAAAACAUUGAGUUGUGUUAUGUGCAUAAAUUGUGUAUGGAACUGAUGCCAUUCUUUUUCAACACUCUCAUCACUCUAUUCACGCUCAUCUUAGGCGGACAGCGGUAUAUUUUUUCGGCAUUUGAACUGAAAGUGAUUCGGAGGGGAUCAGAACGCAUCACGGAAUUCCAUGAGAAUAGGCAGUCGACAUGUGCAAUGCAGAUUAAUGAGGAUGGCAAUGGUGUAUGGGCGGCCAGAUGUUUCUUAGGACAUUCGGAAUUCGUUAAGUGGAUCGGUACGGAUCUAUUCGUGGUUGUUUAUGAUACGUCCAGGAUCGUUGUACUCAAACUCGUUCCAUGCGUCGUUCUUUUCUUACUAACCAUCCAGCUGAUUCGUGCCAUUAAAACCGCCGAUAAUAUUGCAAUCUCAAUGCAUCGACAUCGGAGCACAUCACACAAGGGUUCGUCGGUUACAAAAACAACCGUGAUGCUUACUGUGAUCAUCGUCAUGUUCCUGGUGGCACAACUGCCAAGUGUCGUCAUAACUGGAUGCCUGAAAUUAUCCGAUUUUCAACCAUCGUUCGCCUUCUCGAUCUGUGAAAAUCCACAUCUUUACGCAAUCGCAAAUAUUAUCAUCAUUGGCGUGCAUCCGAUUACUUUUGCUGUCUAUAUGCUUAUGUCGAGAAGGUUUCGACGAUCGUUGCGUCGUAUAAUCGCAUUUCGUGUAGUUGCGAAAGCAGAAGAUGCCUUUUUUUGGUCAGCGACACGAGCAAACGUGACAGAUUGUCGGGUUUCAUUGAAUGGAUUAUCAGAACGUGUUAAUGAAGUGACACUUCUGCGUCGAUAG